AUGCCACCCAAAACAGCCAAGAAGACGACGACGACCAAAAGGAAGUCUUCCCAGUCGGAUCGCGCCUCCAAUAUCGAGCACGACGCGUCAACGCCAACUGCGGCAACGUCGGGCCCAACCCAGCCAGCGAAGAAGAAGGCACGCGUCUCGGAUGCGACUGGUACCGGUGUCGUCGUUACAAAAGCUGCAGGUCAGGAGAAAGAGGCUACUGCCAAUACAGGAGACAAGCGCAAACGCGCUGAUUUUGUCUCUAAUGCUUUCCCAGGUGGGAACUUUGACCUUUACGCUAUGGCUUUGCCCUUCCUGCGUACUGCGCUCCAACCCCCUGGGGGCAAAAAGCUCGACUACCCCGCCUUGCGCCAACUCAUCGCCGAAAAGCAAUCCAAAAACGACAAGUCUGGUAAAGUCGCACUGGCCCUCCCGUCUGCAGGGAACGGCUAUGGAAGGUUCUCUUCUAACGCGUCACGGUAUUGCGACCCGAUGGAGGAGAUGCCAUUCGACAUUGGUCUAGCAUCAGUUCGCAAAGUCGAUAGUGUCACAUUUUCAACGUCUGAGCGGGCGUUAUUUUGGCCAGAGGCGCCUGCCUCUGGCCCAGGGCUCGAAGGGGGGCUAACUCUCUUGGAACAGAGCUGUGGAAUCGACAGCCUCACAGGCUCGUUCAAGCUUUGCACUGUCCCAAUAUUCACGACUAGCAACCCAAAAGAUGCGAUGUAUGCUGGUGUUCUCUCUUUCGACGUUCGAUACGGGUCAAUAUACCGGCGCAAACAACAUGGACCCGGUCAAAAAGACGCGUUCGGGUUCUGGGCGGUGCCUGCUCUGGACACUGACAGCAGAAAACUGAAGACGGAUGGAUUGGCCCAUCUUGCAACCAAGACUGUCAGUUUUACUGCUGCCAGUUCGGAUUUCGUCGAUCAUCAAGUUGAAGAGGCUCUCGCUGCUCUCGAUGAUUCCCGAUUCGAUUUCGAGUUUGACGACGAAUCUGGGUCUGACGAUGAUGAGUAUGGGUACUUUGGAGAACGCCAUCGAUUUGGGGCCUACUAUUAG